AUGUUGGAGUUCCCUUUUAUUUCAGAUAUUGAUAAAGUGUACAUAAAAAUCUAUUCAAAUGCAAAAACAAUGUUUAAUUCAUCUAUUGAACAUUCAAUGGUAUUCAUAGAGAAUCGACCAAUUCAACUUGGAUGUUUUUGUAAAAAGACUAAUGUACCUAUUCAUGCAAAUUAUGAAUACACAAUUUUUAUUCAACUAUCAGAUCAUAUUAAUCAUAAUGAUACAUUAGUCAAUAUAAGUUCAUUAUCGACUAUUGAUCAAAUUAAUAAUGAUUAUCAUCACAUUGUUUUAUCAUUUGAAAUUCCUUCAAAAUUACUUAGAUUACAUCAUCAAUUAAAAGAUCAUAUCAUAGAAUUUGUACCACAUCGAAAAUUUCAUCGAGGAAGAAUCUAUUGUCAAAUAUCGAUUCGAAUGAAAAACGAUACAAUCAAUACAAUUGAUUUCAUAAUGUCUGAGGUAUCAUCUAAGGUAUCAUUAAGAAGCUGGAGUAACCAAAUUUAUAAUGUUAAUGAUGAUAUAGAAAAUGAUUCAGUGAAUGAUCCCGUAAUGAUUUCUUCAGCUUUGAUUGACAAAUCAAUUAAUCUUAUCUGCAAUGUUAUCAGUUUCCCGGAACUAAAUUUCACCUAUCCAAUAUGGUUACAUAAUGGUGAAUAUAUUACAAUGGAAGAUCCAUAUAGUAACAAUAAUAAUAAUAUUAAUAAUAAUAAUAAUAAUAAUAAUAAUAAUAAUAAUAAUAAUAGGAAUAAAAUAACGACAAUGAACUCAACAAUUGAAAAUUCCCAAUUCCCAAUUAUUCUUACUCAUAAUUUUAUAACGAAAUAUAAAAUCAUUCACAGAAAAUAUUCAGUAGGAUGGAUUAUCACUUUACAGAUAAACAAUUUGGAUUUAAAUGAUGAAGGAGUUUAUCAGUGUACAUUUUCAAAUUUAAUGAGAUCAAGUUCUUAUGAUAUAAAUUUAGAUUUAAAUCAUAGAUUUACCAGACAUCAAUUCAUCAUUAUAAUUGUCAGUUGUGUAAUUGCCUUAUUGACUAUUCUUACAUUCAUUAUUGGUUUAUUAUAUAUUCAGAGAAAAUGUAAAUACAUUGAAUGGUUCAAUCAUUAUUUAUGUAUAAAAUGUCAAUUAACAUUGAAUAGAACAACCCAUAGUAAAAAUGAAAGAAGAUACAAUCAUAAAACAGUUGGAUACUUUACAGCAAUGGAUUUGUCAGAAGUUAUACAAAAUUCACUUAUUGAUGAUGAUCAUUUUAAUGGAAUCAAUAAUAAAGAAAUAAAUCAAUCACUUACUCAACCUUAUUUGAAUGAUUCCGUAGCACCUAUAAAUCAAUUCGAUGAUUACGUAACAAAUAUUCCUAUUUUAAAUGGGCAACAAUCAACUUUAUGUGAAAAAGUUUGUUGUGAAUAUAAAAAUACCUGUGUACAUCCCUUAAGCAAUUUCAAUAUUCAGUCUCAAUCAAAUUGUUCUAUAUGUUCAAAUGCAAAACCUUUGAUUCCAGCUAAUAACAACAAUAAUAAUAAUGAUCAUGAUAGUUAUGUAUAUAACUGCUGUGCAUUAAAACAAUCUACACUUCAAUCUAAAACAAAUUCAGUAUAUGAUAGUAACAAUCCUAAUUGUACAAUAAAAUUUGUUCAUAAUAAACUCCGUUAUGAAUCUGUUCUUCAAAAUAAUAAUAAUAAUGAUGACAGACCAUUAAAUUUGAAUCAAACAUCUUUAUCAAAUCAAAUCUAUACUAAUGAUAUUUGUUUAAAUGAAUCAAUGUCAAAGUCAAUGUUCAACGAUUAA